AUGGCGUAUAUGGGGUUACGGGGAAAGAGUCUGAAGUCGGCCAUCAGCUUGGUUUGCGGAUUGUGUUUCUUAUGCUUUGGCUACGCACAGGGUGUUAUGGGAGGCUUGUUGACGGUGCCGGCCUUCUUGAACAGAUUCCCGCAAGUGGAUACCAUCAAUAACGAUUCGUAUUACAAUGCGAAGGUUCAAGGCGCCGUCGUGGGAACGUGGAACCUGGGAUGCUUCGUCUCAGCCAUUCUCACUAUAUUCAUCGGUGAUUACUUGGGAAGGAAGAAGACGCUUAUGUUAGGCCUCACCUUCUGGGUCAUCGGAGAAAUCAUACAGUCCUCGUCGUAUAGCUUUGGCCAGUUCAUUGCUGGACGCGCCAUUGCUGGCUUCGGCAACGGCUUCACCACAGCCACUGUACCCGCCUACCAAGCCGAAUGCGUCAAGUCCCAUCGCAAAGGCACAAUACUUAUGAUCUCCGCCGGCGCAUUCAUCGCGUUCGGUCUCGCCCUCGCCUACUGGGUCGUCUUCGGCUUCGCCUACCUCUCCAACUUCUCCGCCGCAUGGCGCGUUCCCAUUGCCCUCCAGAUCGUUUUCGCGCUUGUCGCUCUCGCGGUCUUGAUAUUCAUGCCCGAAUCCCCCCGCUGGCUCAUCCUCACUGGUCGGGAAGACGAGGCACUCCGCGUGCUCAGCGCGCUUAACGACGAAGAUAUUGAAGGCCCUGAGAUCCGCGACGAGUUCCUCCAGAUCAAAGAUGCGAUUCUUGUCAUGGCAAAGGGCUCGUCCAGCUCCAUGACAAGCAACAAAGAGAGGCGCAACUUCCACCGCAUUGUACUGGCAUACUUCGUUCAGGUUUUCCAGCAGAUGAGCGGCAUCAAUUUGGCACUGCAGUACCUCGCCCUGAUGAUGUACACUGAGUUCUCAUACACGGGAUGGCUCGCGCGGCUGCUCGGCGCUUGUGCGGCAUCCUUCUACUUCUUGUCGAGUUUCACGGCUGUAGUGGGAAUUGAUCGUUUUUGGGGCCGCCGCUGGCUGAUGUUGUUUGGAGCGACGGGGAUGUGUGUGUGUAUGGUGUUGUUGGCAGUCUUGGGCUACCUUUGGCAAGACCAAGGCCUUAGGGGGACCAACAUCGCCCAGACAGUCUUCCUGUUCGGCUAUUUGUUCUUCUUCGCGAUGGGCUGGCAGGGCAUGGCCUGGCUGUACCAGGUCGAGGUUGUGCCGCUGAGGAUCCGUGGGCCAGCCAAUGCGCUCUCCACCAGCGCGAAUUGGCUGUUCAACUUUGUUGUGGUCUUCAUCGCCCCAAUCGCCUUCCGCAACAUCGGCUGGAAAACCUACAUCAUCUUCGCCGCCACAAACUUCGCCAUCAUCCCACUAGUCUUCUUCUUCUACCCCGAAACCGCAUACCGCUCUCUCGAAGAAGUAGACGUCCUCUUCCACCUCGCCAAUGAAGCCCCCGGAAACCCCUGGCUCUCCGUCGUCAAGAUCUCGCUCAACGAGCCGCUCUGGUUCGGCAAGAAUGGCGACACGCCUUUCGACUACGAGCAGUCCGACUGGCACCGUCGCUACAUGCAACUAAUGGGCAGCGGCAGCGGCACCACCCUCGAAGGCAGCGGCCACGGCGACCGCGAAAAAGUCAGCACGGCGGCACCCAAGGCCGCAACAACACCCCUGACGCAGAAGCUGUCAUCGGCAAAGCAUUCUCCCCCCGACGACAACACCUCGCCCGACUCCUCCGCCACGAAUUCCGGCCUCAGCGAAAAGCGCCUCAGAGACCAACACCGCGCCCACCUCGAAGACCAGCGCCGCCGCGAACGCGACACCCGCAGCUCCACCGGCACAGGCACCACAGCCGUCAGCGAGCUGCGCCCCCCGCUCCCAGACGACACGCAGCACAGCUACCAGUCCGCCCACUCCGCGCAUUCAGAUCCCAACUGGGCGGCCACAGAGAUGGCGCCUCCGCCUUUGCGCGUCCCAAGUAGAGACUCCACGCGCUCUAACGUAACCGGGCGCUCCCGGUCUAACUCCUCUGUCAACUACCCCGGUCGACUCGGAGGGUACCCGUCCGGAUCCGCACAGCAUUACCCCAGCCACGCAGGACUUAUGCGCACGGAAAGCGGACGCCAGACGUACCUCCCCGACGGCAUGAGCGACACCUCUAGCCCCGUGCAGUACUUACCCGACAGCGUGGAGGCGCAGGUGCGCGAGGUAUUGGGGCGAGCAGGCGUCGUGUUGGGAGAAGGGGAUAGGGUGAUUCUGGGUGCAGACGGGAGAGCUGUCGUGAGGCCGGGGGCGGGGAGUCGGUCGAGUAGUUUUAGUCAUCGGGUUGCGAGGGAUGCGGGGCGGGGGCAUUAA